AUGCCACUUGUCCCCUUUAUCGCUGUUCGACUCGCUUUCCCACUACGAUGCAUUAGUUUUCUUCGUAAAAUUAAGUCUCAACAUGGGCCCUCCUACUAUAUACUACCUGAGCUUCCACCAAGCAACCAAAACGCGUCCUCUGCUUUCGGGUUAAAUGAACUUCCCAGUCCGACCUCAGUGACACCUGGAGGUGCUUUCAAUGACUUUUCUCGACUACUUGUCGAGUACCAGUUGUCACUGUCACGACUCUCGGAGUCGCUCAAAAAAGGCGACUUUCCUUCGAGUUUCUCUAUUCUACAUGCGCUGGAGGAGAUAUUCUACCCAGUUGAACACGCAUUCCAGAUACUGCAAUCUAUACCAUCUUAUAACGCGGAUCCCGUAUGGUUGGUUAUACUGGGCCGGCUUUUCCGGAAGUGGAAAAAUUGUCGAGCAGACUGCUUCUGUUUGGAUCCUCAAAUUUAUCGCGCUCUGUUGACUUCGCUUUCUUCACAAGAUUUAACACGAUCAGAAAAAGGACUACUCUUGACUUUAAUCAAUGACUGCUGGGAACAUGGAGCUGAUAUAUCCCUUGAGGCUUCGGGCACACAUAAUCCUCAAAAUUCUCCUACUUCAAACAAUUUGCAAUCAACAACUCAGAUCUCACAAGCCCAGGAAAAGUUAGACCGCCUUCGAGACGUUAGAUCUUCACUUGAGGAGGAGGAGCGACUCUUUCAAUCCAUGGUCGUGGCAUGCUCCUCAGUGAUAGGUGCACCUCAGGCUCCAUAUAGUGGCCGCUUGCCCGACCCGUCAGAAAUCGAUUUUCUUAUAGGAUCGCCAUACUUUCCUGUCGCUGAAUCCGACUUGGCACCGUCUGCUCCAGAUUGGUUACCAGAUGCGCUCGGCGGGAGACAAAAUGGUGGUCACGUGGCUGACAUGAGGUUGAACAUUGCAUCUGAUUUCGCUGUCCAAACUCUGCUUCAGCAUUGCAGCACGCGACAGGUUCGUGAAACCGUCUGGCUCAAUCGAGUGAAGCGCUGCAGUUUGCGCUAUUUCGGUGGGGCUUCUGGACACCACGCUUCGAAUGAUGCACGUAUGCAAGACAUUCGGCGGCUGCGACACGAAUUGGCUCGCUUUAUGGGUUGCGUUGACUGGCUCCAUCUUCUGUGGCGUAAUAAGCACGUGCGCUCUCCAGAAUCACCGGAAUCCCUCAUUUACGACAUAUUGGAGCCAUUGCGCACUAGCCUGAAGCCUGCUGCUCAAACCGAACUGCAACUCUUGAGCGAAUGGUCCACUUCGAAUCUGGGCCUGCGCAGUGGCAAACUGGAGCCUUGGGAUAUUGACUACGCUGUGGAGCAGUACAACUUUGCUGGCACAUAUCCACAAUUGAAUGCCCGCAUUCGUCCGCCCACUGGAUCCCUUGAUACGUACGUGUACAGUUUGCUGAACCAAUUGGCCAAUUUAUUCCAGUUGCAACUCGUUCCACAACCUGACAAACAUAAUGGAUCCAGUGUGUAUCGGGUUGAGGACAUCUCCGAUGGCCGUUUCUUCGGUGAGCUCAUCCUGGACCUAUUCGCAAAACCUGGUCGAUCGCCACUUUUUGGUCAAUCUAUCCCCAUUGUCCUUGCCACCCAAACUCGUCUGCACGAAUCUGGAGUUUGUAUUCGUCCCCGGAUCGGCAAACACUCCGUCGUUGCUCUUCUCUCUCGUUUACCGGAGAACUCAAAAGUGGAUGGCAUCGGACUACAAGAUAUUUUGUCCAUCUCUUCCGGCUUUGGUGGUUGUCUGCAACACCUGAUCCCGGAUGGACACUAUCACAGCCUCACUGGAUUAUCGCCCUGCAUCUCCCCAGAUAUUCGAUAUUUGGCUGGCGACUUAUGUUCAGCACUUAUGUUCAAUUCAAUCCUCCGGCCAGUCAUUGAGCAGAAAUUUGAGUCGAAUAAUUCUGAAAGUAAAUUCAAGACAUAUCCUUUUGGAAUGCGGCCUCCCCCCAGUCGUAUAGUCGCGCUCCCCAUUCUACGGCAGUUGUAUGAAGCUCGCUUCGAUCUGUCCCUUUGGUCUCAUGAUGAACGCAAGCGUCAUUGGGUGCAAAUAAACGAGAGCAUGUGGGAUUUGCACCUUCCUUAUGGGAGGCAUCGAGAUGAUUCUUGGCCCACUUCAGCCACUAAUUUGUUCGGUCCAAACUCACAGGCUGGUCUACUGUAUCAUCACAUCUGGCGCCACAUCACUCUGUAUGACACGUUGGCUUCACUGCAGGAGCAAGGAUGGCCUGCAAACAAUCAAUCCAUUGCGGUUCUUGAAGUGUUAAAGCGCUUUCGUGACACUUUUUUGGCUGCACCGGAUCGUCUGCCUCCGCUUGAACUGUUUCGUCGAUUUCGUGGGCGACCACCAUCUCAUGAGUUUAUGCUCGAUGCGCUCAGAUUGCAAUCUAAGCCGGUGGAGUCGCCUAUAUUGAUGGAUCCAGUUGUACCGCUGUUAGCUCACGAAUAAGAACAUGCGUUUUGCGCCAUCCUCUCUGUAACCCUCUACAUCACCCGUAUUCAAUCUCUUCCUGUGUUGCAGACCCAUUUUUAUUUGCUUAGCGAAAAUGGGACCUGACAGCAGAGUUAAACGUUUGUUCCCUCAUCCAAAGCGCAGGUUCCAGCAACCCUCCACCCGAACCACCUGUAAAUACACUUUUUCUUGGUUUUA